UCUCUCUUCGGGCUUUCGGGGCGGAGGGAGGGGAGCGGGGCCGCUGCACUUGGCGGGGAGACCUUUCCCCUCCCUCCUUAAGGCUCCCCCCCACCCCCUCACCGCCGGUCUGAGCAUCCCGUUAUUUGGCCGGCGGGAGAGGCGCCUAACCCUCAUUUUAUCCCUAUGCUCACAGCACCCUUCCCCUUUUCCUCCCCAUAUCUGUGUGUAUUUCCGCUGCCCCCGCCCAGAAAACACGCAUCCCACCAUCCACGCGUGUUCUGCGGGGCGCAGAGACCCCCCCCACGCCAAUCCCCCCCAGCGCAGCUUCAGCGCCGGGCAGGGAUGUGCCAGCAUCCCGAUGCUCUUCUCCUCUUUCACCUGCUCUGUUUGUUAUUUGAUCACCUAAAUGAAAAGAUCGAUGGCAGCCUGUUUAUCUGGGUUGAUAGUGUCAACAGAUUAAAAGGGCAGCAAUCAGAUGCUUCCCAGACCGGGUUGCCCGCAAUCGCGAAAACGCCCCAAACCUGCUCAAAUUGCUCUGGGCCGGGGCAACGGGGAAGGUGUGAGGUGGGGAGGUGUUUUCUACUCCUUUAUUAUUUCUUUUUUUUUUUUUUUUUUUUAAUUUGCUGUGUGCUGAGGGAAAGCGAGUAUUAAAUAUGGAUUUGAAAAAAAAAAAAAAAGAGAAAAAAUAAAUAAGGCGAUGCAUGAAGGGCCGGUGAAGUUUGCGGGAUUCCCGAGGAAAAUCCCGCCUGCGGUGUCCUGUUGGUGUGCAGGAGCCUUGGGGAGAGAGCCGAGACAGAGGGCAUCGGUCAGGAAAACUAGCCUCCUGCCUCAGCGGAGCGGGCUGGAUGGAGCACGGUUCUGUCGACUGAAGGCAUUUCCGCUCGCCCCCCCCGACAAAUUACAGGGACACUUAGAAAUGCUCACAACUCACAUUUAUUGGGAAAUGAGCUCUGAUUGCUUUUUAACGUCCACGGAUCUGGAAUGGGUAGGGGACACUCUACUAGGAACUUGCUAAGGCUUGAUUUUCCCUCUGUCGCGUUCUCCAGGCCAGGGUCCGGACUGGGAUCUGAAGGUGGCAGAGUUUUGCGGGAGGAUCGAUCUAUCUAUCUAUCUAUCUAUCUAUCUAUCUAUCUAUCUAUCUAUCUAUCUAAAAUUGUAUUUUGUUCUCCCCCUUUCUGUGUCUGUCUCCUCUCCUCUCGAAAGGAAAUGUUCCUCUGGAGAUUAGUGGUGACAACUUCCACAUGCCUUUUUUGGAGGGGAGGGAGGCCAGGAGGGGUGGAUGGGUAGAGUAUAAUAUAAAACUCAACCGAAGGCAUCGUUAUUAUUAUCGUGGUUUUUGUAAGUGGCUGGGCAGCGUGUAAGAUGAGAGCUGAGAACCAUACUCUGCGUUUUCCAAAACAAAAGUGAAGUGCCUGCUUCACCUGCCAAGCUCCACCAGGCAAUGUGGCAACAUAUAAAAAAAUACACUCAUACACUCAUGGACGUGUGUGUAUAUAUAUAUUCAGGGAGCGAGGUAGAGGGAGGACAAUAAUGCACAGGCUGCUGUCACAGGGUGCAGCCAGCAGCUCUAACAUGCAAAAAUGUCCUUCUCGCUCCCAAUUUUUGGCAUUUUCAGACUUCCCCUGCUCUGACCGGCUGGCACCGGGGUGGUGUAGAUUCAGAGGGUCGCGUUGGGGGUCCCUUCCACGCCCUUCCUCCCCCACCCCCUCAGUCGGAGCCGUCGGGGCGGCCCCGUUCGCGGUCUGGGCCGGUGGCAAAGGGGAUGUGUGCGGUGACACCGGGACCCCUUCCGACUUUAACCGUGUUUCCCGCCGAGACCCCGGUGCAAGGUCCUCCGCAGACAGGCCUCAUCUCCCAGCCUUUCCUCGCAGGCCUUUUUCUCCUUUUCCAUUUUUUUUUUUUUCUGUUGUUCCUUUCUUUUUUUCCUCCUCCUUUUUCCCUACCCCCACCCUCUCCUCGCCAGAGCCCCAAGGACGCCGGAGUCCUUUCAGGAGGGCAAUAACAGACGUGUGGGAGGUGAUGCUUCGCGGGGGACCCCUCCCUGUCCUGAGAAGGUUGUCUCCGGUGUGCUGCACCUCCCUGGGCACAGGGGAGACCCUGGAUGGCUCCUACGGGGGGUUCUGGCUAGCUGCCCACCCCCCAGCACUUGCCCACCGUCGCCCCUGGGCUGCUCCACGCCGACCCUCGCCGCUUUCUAAAGAAGGUUCGAAGCCGAAGGCAUGGACACCACUCUCCUACCCUCCUCCUCACCUUCUGGGUGGGCAUCUCCCCUCCAGGGAUCCCAUUUCUUGUACUGCGGGGAUUAGUCCGUCAGAAGCGGAUUCGAGCUGGACUUUCCGCAGACCAGAGACAGUCUCCAAGGCGUUUAAGACCAGCUCAAGACCUGGGCAGAAGUCUUGACUUAAGAGACCUACUUCAAACUCCUUGGAGUGCCUCCCUGCUAAAUACCUGCUAAGUCCGCGGUAGCAGUGAAGGUCUAAACAGUGGCCCCCCGCCCCCCUCUUCUCUCCUGUGGUACGUUUUGCUGGGAAUAGAUGGCGAGAAGAAACCCAGUCCAAUACAGAUUAAAUUAAGUAGAAGAAAUCCAGCCGGUGUAUAUUUUGAAGCUCCGGUGGGGCGUCAAACCGAUGUUUAACACAUUUUUUCCACUCACUGUGCACAAGUCCUUAGCCCCUACCUCCUGGUUUAAUUUUUCCACCCCCCGAGGAGCAGGCGCUUUCGGGGGGCGGAUCGAAAAGGGCUCCCCCGACCCACAGACCUUUCCCUAUCCUCUGUUUCCUCAGUCAGAGCUGGAGGAGGGGGCUCACGGGUUCCUCCAGCGAGUUGGGGUGCUGGGGAGUCAUCCAGGCUGUCCCUGGAUACGGAGCUGGGUUGGAAGGGGAAUUUGAUUUUUUUUUUUUUU